AUGACCGAAUCUUCCAUCAAUGUCUGCGUGCGAAUCCGUCCUUUCAGCGAGAAGGAGGCCUCGCAGCUCGCACCCAACCAAGAUCACACGCCUUUCCUCGGCGAUGGCGGCCUAGCAGGCGGCAUCUCGCCCAACAAGUUGCUUCCUCCAGCAACAGGCGCUGUAUCGGCGCUCAAGGCUAGAUUCAUUCGACCUAUCGUCAAACCUAUGGAUCAGAAGGUGCUUGUCUUUGAUCCACCUGACACCAAUCCACUCACACGACUCUACAACAACAACCCGCUUGCUCACGGAUCUAGACGCAACAAGGACGUAAGGUACGCCUUUGACCGCGUCUUCGACUCGACUGCAUCCCAGAGUCAUGUCUUUGCAGAGACAUGCAAGCCGCUUCUCGAUGGUAUUCUCAACGGCUACAAUGCUAGUGUUUUCGCCUACGGUGCCACUGGCUGUGGUAAGACACACACCAUUAGCGGUACACCGCAGGAUCCUGGCCUCAUCUUCCUUACCAUGAAGGAACUCUACGACCGCAUUCAGGAUGCUCGAGAUGAUUCGGAUGUGCAAAUUCGGCUUUCCUAUCUCGAGAUCUACAACGAGACCAUCCGUGACUUGCUCAGUUCAGAGCCAACUCCGCCUGGCGCCGGUCUUGCUCUGCGUGAAGACGCCAACAACCGCAUCUCCGUUGUCGGCAUCACGGAACUUGUCCCCGAAAGCCCUGAAAGCGUACUCGAGUCCAUCCAGGAAGGCAACCUUCGUCGAACCAUGAGUCCCACCGAAGCCAACGCCGUCAGUUCUCGUUCGCAUGCAGUCCUUCAGAUCAACGUCACCCAAAAGCCACGCACAGCCAGCAUGACAGAGCAAACGACCUCUGCUUCACUCAACAUCAUCGACUUGGCAGGCUCAGAACGUGCCUCUGCCACCCGCAACAACGGCGCACGCAUGAAGGAAGGCGCCAACAUCAACAAGUCUCUCCUCGCACUCGGCAACUGCAUCAACGCCCUCUGUCAAUCUGGCGGUGCUCGCAAGCAUGUACCCUACCGCAACUCAAAACUCACUCGAUUGCUCAAGUUCUCACUCGGGGGCAACUGCAAAACCGUCAUGGUAGUUUGCAUCAGCCCUUCCAGCAUACACUACGAAGAGACGCACAACGCGCUCAAGUACGCUAACCAGGCCAAGAACAUCCGCACCAAGGUCAGCCGUAACAUGAUCAACGUCGAUCGUCACGUCGCACAGUACGUCCAGGCAAUCCACGAGCUCAAGGAGGAGAACGGCCGUUUGCGUGCCAAGCUCGAACAACGUGGCUCGCUCGAAUCCGCUGCAGAAACGCGCAAACGCACAGAGAUGGCCAGAGAGAUGGAGGAGGCCAAGAAACGGAUGCGAGAAAGCACUGUCAAUGUUACACGCCUCGUAUCGAGUAAAGCUGCAUUCGAAGCGACUACCGCAGCUGCUGAGACUAGGCUGGCAGAGCUACGAAAUCGUCUAGCCGCUGUCCAAGCGCAUCUCGAACGAUUCAGUAGCAGAGGCGAGGUGCUUCCAUCCGACUUGGAGGGAGAGCGCCAUGUGCUCAGCAAGAUGGCCGCCGUAGAAGAAAAGGCUUUGCAAGAUGAAACAACCGCAGCUGGCGUACGUAGCUUGCUCAACAGCCUUCAGAUGCAAAGAGGCAUUGUUGUCGCUGCCUCACACAAUCAGAAGUUUGAUGCAGAAGCAUCCGAGACGAUCCAGACGUUGGGCAACGCUUUGUUGGCUCAAGUGGAAGCGGACAAGGCAAAAGCCAAGUUUGCUGGAAUGCUGCAUGUCUUGCGACGAAGCACGAUGGAAGCGACACAGCUGGUGGCCGUGGCGACACGCAGCACCAUUGCUUUGCGAGAGGUGGCAGGUGAACUCGAGUACCGCGCUACACACACAGCAGAGCCUGCAAACAAGGAGAACCAGGAAGAGCUUUCGUCGACAUUGGCUUUGCUGGCAUCCCAAUUGCGCAGCAUUGCCGGAGAGAAUGACAAGGUCUUUGAAACCAUGUGCGGAGCAAGCUUGCCUGCUGUCGCUGCCCCCGUACCAGCACGAACCAUCAAGCCCGCUGUCAGCUCAGCCCUUGGACGAUCACGCACUUCUUUAGCAAUCAACCAAGCAGCUCCAAUCGCCAGCACUUUGCAAUCAGUUCGCUCUGCUUCUUGCUCCGCCUCCUUCAGCCGCGCAGCCGCAUCCAGCUCACGCAGAGUCUCGAUCGCCCCACCCUCCCUGCCUCGCUCAGCAAUCAUGCAUGUCAUUAGUUCACCUUCCAGUGCCACUGCUACUGUUUCAACAUCACGACCUAGCUUUGCCGCUCCGACAUCCUCUUCUUCCGCCCGUGCUCAAGUCGCCACUUGUAGCCCCGUAGCACGCAAGGCAGGCUCAAUCCGCCGAGUCAGCUCCGCUGCCACCUCCACCGUAGCGGGGAUUUCACGGAGGCCUCCCUUGGCUAAGAACGUUCGAUUACCAUCUCUCCCCGCAGUAGAAGAGAAAAAGAAGUUCAGAUGGGCAGACGAAGCAGGCGAAGGAUCGAUCGACGACAAGCGUCUGGGUCACGAAGGUGCACGUGCUAUGGACAGUGCGGGCAAUAGUUCAGGUACAGAAUGGGAAGACCUGAGUGAUGGGCGAAGCACACCGGCUAAACUUCAGCAGCAGAGUAUUGCAUCAAAGCCUUUCCCGCGAUCUACCUCUAUGGCAACCGGUACUAGUAAAACUCCAGUGGAGAGUCUGAAGCAGAGAAGUGCGUCUAGCGCAGGAUCGACGCUUUGCCCUCUACGGGAGGAAGAGCAGAAAACAACAUCCGGUGACGAAGGAGAUAUUUCCAACACUUCCCCUUGUGUUGCUAUCAAACCUGUUGCGCCAACUGAAAGUCGACCGCCACUGAGGGUAACAAGCAACACCAACACCAACACCACUGCUGCUCCUACGACAGGACUGCUCAACAGCUCCGCUUUUCCCCUCUUCAGCACUACCGAGGGGAACAGCAUUAAUUCAGCUUCAUUCAACGCUGUUCCGAUAAAAAAAGCUUUCCCGCGCCCGAGUGCUGGUGGGCCGGGACCAAUCAGGAGAAGAACGACAAGGACUAGUGUCGCUGUUACGGCAACAACCAAGCCUUUGCUAAGUGCGGAAGAGGGUGUAGCAGGAGCAUUGAUCGUGCCAGGACAGAGUGGAGUGGCGAAUAGGGUCAGAGCUAGUCGAGUUUCCGCUGUUCCUGGAAUGCGUUCUGCCAGCAUGACUUGA